AUGUCCAGGGAUCCUCGAGGAGCUCCUGCUGGUGGCGCUGGAUACGAUAAUCGGACUGCUAAGGCUCGGAUUCCGAAGGCUCAUCAGGACUGGAAGAUUCCCGAGCAGUAUGAGAUUCGGCAACUGAUCGGCACUGGAAGCUACGGACACGUUUGUGAGGCCUACGAUAAAUAUAAUCAGAGGAUUGUUGCUAUUAAGAAGAUCCACAGAGUGUUUGAAGAUCUCAUUGACUGCAAGAGAAUUCUCAGGGAAAUUGCUAUACUCAAUAG